AUGACUCUCAGAGAUACUAAUAGGGCUAUGUUAUGUAAGUUCGUAUGGAGAAUCAAACAUGAGAAAUCAGAGGCCAAUGCAUUCCUGAAGGCAUGGUUUGUCAAGAAAGAUGGCAGAUUUAGAAAAGGUGGAUUUUCUUCCUCUAUUGCCUUGGGUGUUAAAAAAGUAUGGAACAUUGUGGAAGAAAAUGAGAGAUGGAUUAUCGAUAAUGGUAAUCUAGCAAAUUUUUGGAAGGACAAGUGGUGGGGACUUAAAUCCAUGUUGGAGGCGCUUCAGUUAAUGGACCUACCCAAUCUCAGGUUCAAUGCCAAGGUGAGAGAGUUCAUUCAUAGUGGAGAAUGGGCACUCACUGGGGUGAGAUUGGUGGAUCUGUCCAGAUUUUUUGACAAAAUUCUCAAGAUAAAAAUUCCUUCAGGAGGCGUGGAAGAUAUGUACUGCUGGUCUUUAUCGACUCUGGGAUCCUUUUCCACUUCCUUGGCUUGGGAAGGAUGGGCGAAAUUAAAUUCAGACGGCUGCACGCUGGGCAAUCCGGGAAAAGCAGGUGGGGAUGGUAUUCUGCGUAAUGCGAAGGCUGAAGUGUUAUAUAACUACAGAGAGUUCCUUGGAAUUUGCACAAAUUUUGAGGCAGAAUUUCAGGUUAUUAUUGCAGGAAUUAAAGCUGUUGACUGA